AAUGUCACUGCCUCUCCUCCUUCUGCUGUGUGUUGUGAUUCGUGCUCCCUGCAGGAGCCCUCCCAGGCUCAGCUGACAGCGAUAGCUCUGCGUGCUGCACAUGCACUUCUUGUCAGGAGCUCACCUUGUCCCUGAAAUGCCACCGAAGUUGCAGUGUGGAGUUGUGUGCGGUCAGGAGUUGUUUCCUUCUCUCUCCAGUGCAGUGCCAGAGGUGUAUUCCUGAGCUCCUAACUUGCUGCCGUGCAAGGGGUUCAGCUCAGCUGUGAGGAGUUCUAGCUGAAGUCCCUCUUGCUUUGAGAAGCAGAAUGACUGCUCAGUCUUGAGAAGAGAGCACGGAAGGUCUGCCAGCACACUGUUCCCAAGGUGCGUGCUGAAGAUGGUGCAGAAAUACCAGUCCCCAGUUCGAGUCUACAAAUACCCUUUUGAGCUCGUCAUGGCAGCAUACGAAAAGCGCUUUCCUACAUGUCCAGAGAUCCCAGUCUUCCUAGGAAGUGAAAUCCUGCAUGAAUCCAAAAGCGACGAUGGAGCAAUCCACGUCAUUGAGCGGAGCUGCAAGCUGAAUGUGGAUGCUCCUCGGUUGCUAAAGAAGAUUGCAGGGGUAGAGUAUGUUUUCUUCAUACAGAAGAACACGGUGAACUGGAAGGAGCGAACGCUCCGCAUUGAAGCCCACAAUGAGACUUUUGCCAACCGUGUGGUCGUCCUUGAGACAUGCAGCUACUCAGUUCACCCUGAGAAUGAAGAGUGGACGUGCUUUGAACAGUCUGCAUCUCUCGACAUCAAGUCAUUCUUUGGCUUCGAAAGCACGGUGGAAAAGAUUGCCAUGAAGCAAUACACGUCCAACAUCAAACGGGGCAAGGAAGUUAUUGAGCACUACCUGAAGGAGCUGAUCUCCCAAGGAAUCACGUUCAUCCCUCGUUGGACGCCUCCUGUGGCACAAGGGCAGAAGGCAGAGCAAGCCCCAGCAGCCAGCCACGAGCCCAGUGAUGCACCACUCGAAUCUGGGGCUCAGGGAUCUCCCACAGAGCAAACAGGCAGCUCCUGCCCCCCAGCAGAGCCCGUCAGCCCUGAUGCUGACAAACUGGAUGCUGAUUACAUCGAGCGAUAUCUGGGCCAGCUGACUCCAAUGCAAGAGAGCUGCUUGAUCCGACUUCGGCAGUGGCUUCAGGAAACCCACAAAGGCAAGAUCCCCAAAGAUGAGCACAUCCUUCGAUUCCUGCGGGCUCGUGACUUCAACAUUGACAAAGCUCGGGAGAUGCUCUGCCAGUCUCUGUCCUGGAGAAAGCAGUACCAGGUGGAUUACAUCCUCCAGUCCUGGAGGCCCCCAGCCCUGCUGGAUGAGUACUACACCGGAGGAUGGCAUUAUCAGGACAGAGAUGGGCGACCGCUCUACAUCCUUCGUCUUGGCCAGAUGGACACAAAAGGUUUGGUGAAAGCCCUGGGAGAAGAGUCACUGCUGCGACACGUUCUGUCAAUUAACGAAGAAGGACAAAAGAGAUGUGAGGAGAAUACCAACCUCUUUGGGCGCCCCAUCACAUCCUGGACGUGUCUGGUGGACUUGGAAGGGCUGAAUAUGAGGCACCUCUGGCGGCCUGGAGUCAAGGCCCUACUUCGGAUUAUUGAGGUUGUAGAGGACAACUACCCUGAAACUCUGGGGCGACUGCUGAUAGUGCGAGCACCCAGAGUUUUUCCUGUGCUUUGGACUCUGGUCAGUCCAUUUAUCAACGAGAACACAAGGCAGAAGUUCCUUAUUUACAGUGGGAAUAACUACCAGGGUCCAGGAGGGCUGGUAGACUAUGUAGACAAAGAGGUGAUCCCAGACUUCCUAGGAGGAGACUGCAUGUGCACUGUUCCAGAGGGUGGACUCGUUCCCAAGUCACUUUAUCAAACGGAUGAAGAGCCAGAGAAUGCAGAUCACAUCCGACUAUGGACAGAAACUAUCUACCAUUCUGCAAGUGUCCUCAGAGGAGCUCCACACGAGAUAGUUGUGGAGAUUUUGGAAGGGGAGUCUGUCAUCACCUGGGACUUUGACAUCCUGAAGGGAGAUGUGGUGUUCAGCCUCUUCCACUCAAAAAGAGCUCCAGAAACAAGUCAUAAAGAAGCCACGUUACCAAGUACCUCUGCUGCUGGGGACAACGUGCAGCUGAUUGAUAAGACGUGGGUCCUUGGUGUAGAUUACAGCCGUGUGGAAUCUCCACUGGUUUGCAGGGAAGGAGAGAGCAUCCAGGGGUCCCACGUGACUCGCUGGCCCGGCUUCUACAUUCUCCAGUGGAAAAUGCACGGUCCCCUGCCCUGCUCUGGCACCAGCCUCCCUCGGGUGGAUGAUGUUCUCGCCUCUCUGCAAGUUUCCAGUCACAAGUGCAAGCUUAUUUACUACUACGAGGUGCUUGCAUCCAAGGACUUCAGGGGAUCCAUGUCAAGCCUGGAAUCUUGCAACAGCGGAUUUUCCCAGCUGAGCGGAGCCACGACAUCUUCCAGCCAGUCGCAGAGCAGCUCCCAUCUGUCCAGAUAGCAGGGCUGAGGCUGCACCACCAGGAAACAUCGCUCAGGGCUUCCUGGCCGCCCCAGAGCUGCUCUGUGCACAAACCAAAGAACCUCAGGGUUCCUCAGCAGGGCUGAGCAGUGGGGCAGGCGCUGUGCGACCGCAGGCAGCACCCACUGCACAGCGAGGAGCUUCUGCUCCCAGCAGGGGACUCAGCGCUGAAACGGCAGGCGUAGUUUUCUAUCAGAUGCCUACUUCUCAGCAGAAUAUUUCUUAAAUUGUGUUUUUGGAUGAAUGUCAGUCGGCAUGAAUUUGUGUGUUACUCAACUCUCAAGGGCUCCUUCCAAUCAGUCCUUUUCCCUCGCGUGGUAGAGGAGACUGAUGUUGCCUUAUCUGAUUGGUCUGUAGGACUAGAUUAUUCACCUGUAGCAAAAUGAAUCUCCUUUUCUGAGUGCCCAAUUGCUCGUCAGAAGGUAAAGUGGGCAUUUCAAGUGCAGGGACUUGAAGCAAACUGUAAAUACUUUCAUAUGGAUGGGAUGUUUUAGAGAUUAGAUCCAGGUCAAACUUAAAACCUCUUCCUAUCUGAUGGGAUGCUAUUAGGAAAUGUGUUGGAUUCUUUUUAACCCAUUGAGACACAAAAAUCAAAACUGUUCUCUAGAGAGUAGGGCAGAGACCCUGCCACCAUGAGCAGCAUCUUUCUUAAAGAUACCUUUCCUUUUUCCUCAGGUUUACAAGCAAUAAUAGGUGGAUCUGACCCAUCUCAUCAGAGUAGAUGGGAACCAAAUCAAAUGAUAAAGGGCUAAGAAAAGCAAUAUUUUAUUUCCUGAAGGCACAAAAUGUGAUGGCAGUAUUAUGGAAGUCUUCAAAACAUGAGCUAACUUGAAAGCUGUAGAGAGGGGGACAAAAAAAAAGCAUGUAUGUAUUUGGGCACUUACUGAAACGUAUUUAUUCAAAUAAUAGCUUGUUUUAAGUUCGUGUUUAACUUAUUUGAAAAAUGAGUUUUUAUUAAAUCCAAUUGCCUUUUAUUGUUAUUUUUU